AUGUCUGUGGGAACUCAGAAGGUGAUGGUGAUCCAAGAUGCAUCCAAAGAUAUUUGUUUGAGUGCAAUCAGAUGGGUCCUGCAACAAUUUUCACUUAAGCUUGGAGAUGAGCUCAUUCUUCUCGGAGUUCUUCACCAGGUUAAUAACCCUAUGGGAUAUAAGAUCAAAGUGGAUUCGGGAACCAUACUUGGAUCAAACCCGAAGAUUGUUGAGGAAGAAGUGGCCAAGAAGAUGGAACAAUACCAGAAGAGUGAGGAUCUGAUGGAACUUUCAAAGCAGUGUGAAAUGGAAAAGAUAAAGUUCCACAUAGAGGUGCAUGCCGGAUCUCCAGCAAAGGCGGUUGGUCUACAAGCUGCUAGAAGUUUACCGGCGACAUGGGUGAUUCUGGACAGGCAGAUGAAGAAAGACAAAAAAUUCUUCUUGGAGAAGCUCUCAUGUGGAAUAUCAAGGAUGAAACGUGCUAACAACAUUGAACAGAUCAGAGGGCCAAAAACAAUUAAGAACACCCAAGUAUCCCCGGCGAGAAGUACUACUAGUACUGACCAGUGUAUAUCAUAUGGUGAAAUGAUACCAGAAUCUCGAGCUACUCAGAAGACUACCUCAGGCAAAGAACAAGGAGGUGAUGGUCGUGGAGGACCCCCACGGGACAGUUAUUGGAAAUCACUUUCAUUAUCUAAAUCCUCAUCUCAUGAACAGAUGUUAUCCUCUACAUUUUCAAGCUCAACCCUAUGGAAUACUGAAGUCUCAAGUUCCAGUGCUACUGAUGCAAAGAACUUCCCCAUGUACUAUCAGGAUGAAUAUUAUUAUACUACAAACACCGAACAAGAAACUGCUGGAGAAGACUCCCCAUUCUAUGUUCCCGAGAGUCUAGAGGGGUUCCAAAAUGAAGCAUCUUUUGGAGGUAGUCCAAAUGAACAACAGAAGCAAGAUGUUAGCAACAGUUAUAGAAUGGGUGGGUGUCAACCAGAAGAAUUUGAAAAUUCUAUUUGCUCAGUCUGCAAGAACAGGCGGCCCAAGAUUGGAUGGAAGAAAGACUUCACCUAUGCAGAGCUCAAAGAAGCUACAGGGAGGUUUUCUCCAAACAAUUUCCUAUCAGAAGGUGGAUAUGGUUCUGUUUACAGAGGAGAGCUGAAAAAUGGGCUGAAGAUUGCCGUUAAGCAACACAAAGAUGCGAGCUUCCAGGGGGACAAAGAAUUUGAGUCUGAAGUUCAUAUACUCAGCAAGGCCAGACAUCAGAAUUUGGUCAUGCUGUUGGGCUCGUGUUCAGAAGGAACCCACAGGCUGCUUGUCUAUGAGUAUGUGUGCAAUGGUUCACUGGAAAAACAUUUAUCAGGUAAGAACCUAUAG